UCGGAUCGUUGUGAGGACACCGGUAGUAUGCUGGGUUUCGGCCUAGAUGUGAAACCAUUGAGGAUGGUAUCCAGUCCCAAUACGGGACCUCGACACACCAUCGAUAACAUUUUGGGACUUGUCCGUAAGGAUGUCGAGGAACGAGAUCGGGAAAGAGCCACUACUCCAGGAAAUACAGAAAGUGCUGGAGAAGGAAGCUGUAACUCAAACGACGGUGUAUCGGAGAUUCGUUACGGUAAAAUGGGAAAUGGUACCGGAACCGGAAGCGGAUCGGACGACGAAGGCAUGACAGGAAACUCAAGUCUCUCGGAAAGUGGGGAAAACUGCAAGAAGAAACACCGUCGAAAUAGGACCACGUUUACAACGUACCAACUACACGAGUUAGAAAGGGCUUUCGAAAAAAGUCACUAUCCGGACGUAUACAGCAGAGAGGAACUUGCGAUGAAGGUCAACUUACCGGAAGUUAGAGUACAGGUAUGGUUUCAAAAUCGACGAGCAAAAUGGAGACGCCAAGAAAAAAUGGAAGCUGCUCGUUUGGGUCUAAGUGAAUAUCACGCUGUUUCCUCCCUAACGAGAGCAGCCGGAUCGAGUUUAGCUUUGCCAAUGGACCCAUGGUUAUCACCACCUCUUUUAACGGCUUUACCCGGAUUUCUCAGUCAUCCACAAACUGGUUACCCCAGUUAUUUAACAUCACCACUUCCAACAGAUCCAAACAGACAUCCGCCUGUGGCACAUUCUCAUUCGCCGAAUACAAAUCCAGAUUUACGAACAACAUCAAUAGCCGCUUUAAGGUUAAAAGCGAAAGAACACGUGGAGAACAUCACCAAAGGUCUUCAAAUGGUGUAAUAAUUUAAUAUGAUAUAAAAGGGACAACGUGUAAAUAUUUGUCAAAAAAUUAGUGUCGUUUGUGUGCCUAUUUUUCUUUUUUUUUUUAAUUUUAACUUGUACAUAUUCGUGUAUUAUAUUCUAGUAUCGAGUAAGGAUUGAUUCGAAAUAAGUUAUCUGUGUACAUUAUAAAAAGAAGAAAAGAAAAAAGAAGGCGCAAUUAUUAAAGACAGUGCAGUUUAGAUAUUUGUAGAAGUUACGGAGUGUAUUAAGAAAAAAAUUAAAGAAGUGUGUUAUGGAUAUUUUGGAUAAACGUAUGCAAGAGAUUUUAAAAUUUCUUAAUUUUAUUAAAAAAUAUAAAGUUAAGGUAACCAUAAAAUACCUUUCACUUUAUGACAUUUCGUGCAAUAUGGUUAUUUCUAAAACGAGAUAUACAAAGUAAAAAAUCUCUUGCAAAAGUUUUCCAAUAAACAUUUUUAAACACUUUAACUUACAGAAGUACGAUUUAAAUUAAUACUCAAAAACAUUUUUGUAUGAA